AUGGCCGGUAAACAUCGGCAGUCUGAGAAUGACAAGGUUCGCGGCGACAGCGGCAACCUUGAGAGGUUGCACAGCAAUGUCAACCCUGGUGCGAACUCCAACACGGGCUUGGGGACCCAGAGAAACCAGCAAAUGUAUGGUGCAGGACCGAUGUGGAAUAUAGAGCACUAUCAUGCUGCACAAGGCACAUCCGCCAACGAAGCGGGACGCCAACAGCAGGCUUAA